AUGGAUCAAAAUGCCAUAAAGAUCACAAAGUUGCAUUACAGAAACAGCAUUUUAGCCUCAAUAGCAGCUACAAACUCCAAAUUACUCGAUUCGAUGAAAAAAAUUACUUUACGAAGAGCUAUAAAUCUUUUGGAUGCCGCUUGGAGUCGUGUCAGCGAAGUAACAUUAGCUAAUUGCUGGAAAAAUAUUUUAAAUUUUACGGCAGAUGAUGACGAUCCCGAAGAUAGUGUUCCGCUCGCAGUUUUAAAAGAAAAAUGGGGAGCUGAAAUUCGCGCCUUGUUGAGCAAUACCGUCGAUCUCCUUAACAGUUUGAAUGCUGAGGCUGAAUUAACGCUACCAGGCGUUCAUGAUUGGAACGAAGAUAUUGAAGAUGAUAAUGCAAAUGACGAACAUGAAGAAGACGACGAUUCCGAUGAAGGCAGCGUAUCGGAGGUAGAGGAGAAAAUUAUGCGGACUGAAGCAGUUGAAAUUUUCAACAAGGCGAUAAGGUGGGCUGGUCAUGAAAAUGUCGAUCCAAAUGAUGUAAAUGUACUAAGACAUCUAAGAGAGAAAGCUGUGCUCCAACCUUUAGAAACACAUAAGAUACAGAAAAGGAUUACUGAUUUUUUCAAAUAA